AUGGCAGCAUCCGCGUCGUCUCUGUACGAGGUUCUCGGGAUUCCCACGAGCGCUUCGUUCAACGAUGUCAAGGUCGCUUACAGGAGACUGGCGAGAGUAUGCCAUCCCGACGUCGUGGGGAUGACCCAUAAAGAAACGUCGGCCACUGAGUUCAAGAAGAUCCAUGAAGCAUACUCGACUCUGUCUGAUCCUGACAGGAGAGCAAACUACGACCAACAUCUUUUCAGGCGUAACCGGCCAUACGGGUCGUCCCUCAGUUCUGCGACGAUGGCGGCGGCCGCGGCGUCAAUGUCCCAGUUUUCGGGGUAUACUUGCAAGAAGUGGGAGACCGAUCAGUGUUGGUAG